AUGAGACCAAAGCUUCGUCAAGGACACCACAGAAAACCGUGGAAAGUUCAGACAAUCAAAUCGCUGAAAACGUUAAACACUGCCUAUGAAGAACUAACAAGUAAAGGUACAUAUAAAAAAUUACUAGAAGUUGUUAAGAAAUAUAACAAAUCUAAAUUGGAAGAAAAACAUACUAAGGAAGAAACAGCGAGACUGCAAACUGAACUCAAAGAACUUGAAUGUACUUUAUAUGAUGAAGAGAAAUUUUAUCACAGAAGAAUUGCCGAAUGUAUGGCUGAUAUUGGAAAAAUAAAGGAUGAAAUAGAGGACUUUUUAGUUGAGAGCGAAAUAAAAACAGAUUAUAUUGAAAAAUGGCAGAAUUCAAAAAUUGAGAUGAACGAAAUUUUGCUGGAAGGAAAGGAACAACAAAAGUUAAAGGAAUUAAAAAAAAUAGAUGCCGAUAUGUAUAAAGAGUCCAGAGUUCAUCAAGAAAUAGUAGCAGCUUAUAGUGAAAUGCAAAAGGAUAUUAUCAUUGAAACAGCUAAGUGGGAGAAAAAGUAUAACAAGGACUGUAAACAACUGGAAGCUAAAAUAGAAGCCAUGAAAGACAAAAGAGAAAAACAGAAUGAAGCAACAAAAAUUCUUAAAGAAACAUACUUGAAACGCGAAAGAGAAAUAAAUGACUAUAAAAUUUACAAAAUACAACAGGAAGAAAAGAAAAUGAUACUUCAGAAAAGAAAUGAAGCAGCUACGAAAAUCCAAGCUUGGUGGAGAGGCACCAUGGUGAGGAAAGGUUUUGGCAAAUUUAGAAAAAAGAAAGACAAAAAGGGAAAGAAAAAAGGGCCAGAAAAGAAAUAA